AUUAAAACUAGUGGGAUUAAAACCGCUCGUUUUAAACAUUGGGGAGUUAAAUUGCACAACCAUGAUACAUAAGGGACCAAAAGUGCAAUUAAGCCUUAAUCAUAUUUAGUUACAGGGCCUGUGAUGUUGCUAGCUGUACCAUAUCCCUUCUCUUUCCAUUGAUCUCAGCGAAGGCAUCGCAGAGGAAAUCAGAGAUCGCAGCGGUGGCUGAGCAAACAUCUGAAGCAAAUGAAAACUUAAUCUCUAAGAAGCAGAAACCCAAUCUUGAAGUAGUGGAUGAAGAGUGAGUAGCAGCGAAGGCAUUGCGAAAGGAAUCAUGGCCCGCAUCGAAGGCAUUGCGAAAGGAAUCAUGGCCCGCAUCGAAGGCGUAGAAAAACCUAACCUUUGAGAUGCAUAGACUCAAUCUUGAAGCAGGGGUCGAAAGAAGAGACGUUGAACAGAGGAGCGGCUAAGGCAUCGUCAACAACAGAGACCCAGCUACAGCACUUUGCAUCCGCAUGAAGUUGUUGGGAGAGAGAAAGAUAGGAGCACUCAGACGUCCUCCACCGUGGAGUUCAUCCAGAACCGCGUGGAGCCAUGGAUGAGGUGGCAGGGAGCAAAGCUGAAGAAUGUGUCGUGGGCCCCACUGCAAUGGCGGAUGAGGUAGCCAUUGACCACCCACCGCGAGGAGAAGAAGUGGAUGAAGGAGCAGUACGAGCGGUGGAGGAAGCAGCUCCACGAUCUCUCCCUCACUCUCAAGGUCGAUUCGGUCUCCGAUUUGCAAGAUCUUCUCUGUUGCAUGGUUCUCUCUGAGUGCGUUUACAAGCUAAGUCCUUGCAGCCAUGGAUACACCUCCUAUAUGCACAUAGCAAUGUUUCCAUGGUUUGCUAUGGGGCACCUAACCCCAUUUCUCCACCUCUCCAACAAAUUAGCAAAGAGGAGACACAAAAUCUCCUUCUUCAUCCCCACAAGAAGACAAGCAAAGUUAGAGCUAUUCAACCUCUACCCACAUCUCAUUGCAUUUUUCCCUGUCAAUGUUCCCCACGUUGAAGGCCUACCCCAUGGUGCUGAAACCACUUCAGAUGUGCCUUUCUCUUUAGUUCUGCUCAUCAUGACACUGAGAGGGACAUUGAGCUUCUACUGAUGAAGCUCAACCCAAAAAUUGUGCUCUUCGAUUUCACCUAUUGGCUACCAAACUUGACUCGUCGCUUGGGGAUCAAAUCUUUUCUAUACAUGAUCAUUAGCCCAACAACAACAUCUUACACUACAUCACCAGCAAGGAUGAGACAAGGUGCUAACUUGACUGAAGCUGGACCUCUCCACCACUCGCUGUCGAUAAACAACUAUGUCAUGAUCUCAAACCCUAGCGGCAACAACAUCAACAGCCAUCACUAGGCUUCACAGAGACCACUACUUAGAUGCUGCAAGCAGAG